AUGACUCCGGUUAAUCAAAACUGGCCCUCUUUCCAACAUCUCGGCCGCGAAAGCGACCAUGUCAAGAAGAUAGAGGAAGUGCUCGCAAAAGCCGAUUUCGCAUAUCUCUGCUCCAAAGCGAUAGAAUAUCGCGAAAACAAGGAAAACAAACCCUCCCUCCAAUGCUCCGUGGAUACUACGAGGUUCACCAGCGGUGCUUUUAAUGUGGUGGUCGCUCUAGACUUUUCCGACUCUGUACAAUGGAUCGCGAGAAUACUGUUGUCCCAAAGCACGGCGAAUGACAGCGAUGAUGAGAGUUUAUCAGCCUCCCUGCUAAGUGAGGUGGCAACUAUGAAGUUGGUUCGAGAAAAAACAAAGAUCCCAGUGCCUCUUGUUUUUGGGUAUGAAGUGUCCAAAAAUCCACUGGGCUACUCUUAUGUUCUUAUGGAAGCACUUCCGGGAAAUGUGCUUCCCUCUCGCUUUGCUACCUCUGUGCCCAAUGAGUACAAGAAAAAGAUCGGCCGGAUAUCACACUCUGGGGAAUCUGAUCCGAACGAUGUUGAAUCCUUGAGGGUUUUUCCAUUCCCAAUGACAGGGUAUCUGGCAAAUGUCGGCCCCUUUUCUACCUCUUUAGAGUACUUUUAUCACUUCCGAAAAGGCCAAACACGAUCCCUUCUAGAGGAGCACCGAGGCGAAGCAGAAUGGGAAGCAGCGCUGUGGCUGCUAGAGACAGCCGUUACGUCAAUGGCCACCGAGGAAUUUGUCAAUGGCCCAUUUCCUCUAUGCCAUCUAGACCUCCAUUUUAACAACAUGCUGUUUGAUGACGAAUUUAACCUUACCGGCAUCAUCGACUGGAGCUAUGCGCAGACAGUGCCGGUAGAGCGGUUUGUGGUCAGUCCGGAAUUCAUUGCUCCUCCGGCGGCGCCUGCAGCGGUGAAGCAGUCCAUAUUCGACUUUCGCGGCAUGUUCAUUGACGCAUGGCGGGCUAUAGGCAACAAUAAAUCCUCCCAGCAAGACUUGACAUUAUACCCGAGCAAACUUGUCGCGUCGCCAGUCGCGGAGCUGGUUUACAGGUGUACGUGCAGUUAUCCAUGGAGAGCCAUCUUCGAUGCGCGGCUCUCGCUUCGUCUGCUGUAUGGCGAGAAUGCGAAGUGGGAGGAGUUUCAGAAGUUUAAUGUUGAGAAAUCUACUUGGAAGUAG